GUUUCCCUCCUCGUGUCCAGCACAGCUCAGUGCCACAGGCAGCAACUCAGAGGCAGGCCAAGAUGGUUUACAGGAUCUGCCGGGUCUGGGGCAGUAUCCCAAGGAAGGGUGAGGGGGCGUGGGAGUCUUGCUCCCAUUUUCCAUAAUAAAUCCUGGUGGGAACUGAAUGUUCCUGGGUUGGGGCCAGAGGCAAACUCAGGACUGUGUUUCUCUGCCGAUCUGUCCUUGGGACUUAAUCUCAAAUCCGUUAUCACUGCUCCCAUCAAGUGCUGGGGGGCAGCGAUACUGAUUAUGGCGGUUUUGAUAUCCCUUCCAGCUAUUUUUUUUCCCCCUGACCAGCUCUGGGUGGUUCGAGCCGAUUCCUUUCCCCUGUUAGCAGCUGCAGUGGGUGGGUGCCAGUUGCCUCUCUCCGGUUUUGCCGGGUAUAAAGCCAGGGAGCUCCUCUCUGCUCUGGCCCUUGCCCGGCACCUGGGCAGGGGCAAUGGCCGAGCUGCCUGUCCCGGAGCUGCCCGCUGCCCCGGCCCGCUGCAGCGGCCGCUUCACCAUCAGCACCCUCCUGGGCAUGGAGGAGGGCGGCUGGGGUCCCUACGCACCCGCCGAGGGGGCCGGCUGCGACAGCGCCCACCCCACCCACCUCUCCGGCAGCACCCUCUGCACCAGGACCUUCGGCUACAACACGGUGGACGUGGUGCCCGCCUACGAGCACUACGCCAACAGCAAGGGGGUGCGCGAUGCCGGGAAGGGCAGGCCCUCGCUGGCGGACCUGCACUCCAUCCUCAAGCCUGACCCAGGCCACCUCCGCGCCCCGGUGUCCGAUCCGCAGCGGAGCAACGGCCUCCCGGAGCCCGGGCUGGAGGAGGCGGCAGGGGAGCCCGGCAGAGCCCCCACGCCGGAGCCCGUCCGCUUUGGGUGGGUGAAGGGUGUGAUGAUCCGCUGCAUGCUGAACAUCUGGGGAGUCAUCCUCUACCUGCGCCUACCCUGGAUCACGGCCCAGGCGGGAAUCGCCCUGACAUGGCUCAUCAUCCUGAUGUCCGUGACAGUGACCACCAUCACCGGCUUGUCCAUCUCCGCCAUAUCCACCAAUGGCAAAGUGAAGUCAGGGGGCACCUACUUCCUCAUCUCGCGGAGCCUUGGGCCAGAGCUGGGCGGCUCCAUCGGGUUGAUCUUCGCCUUCGCAAACGCAGUGGCCGUGGCCAUGCACACGGUGGGCUUCGCCGAAACUGUCCGGGACCUGCUGCAGGAGCACAAUUCCCUCAUCGUGGACCCCACCAACGACAUCCGCAUCAUCGGGGUGGUCACUGUGACGGUGCUGCUGGGCAUCUCCCUGGCCGGCAUGGAGUGGGAGGCCAAGGCACAGAUACUGUUUUUCCUGGUCAUCUUGGUUUCCUUCAUAAAUUACCUGGUGGGGACAGUGAUCCCAGCCACUGCCGAGAAGCAAGCAAAGGGCUUCUUCAGCUACCGAGCUGACAUUUUUGCCCAGAACUUUGUGCCCAGCUGGCGUGGACCUGAGGGCUCCUUUUUCGGCUUGUUUUCCAUUUUCUUCCCGUCAGCAACUGGCAUCCUGGCUGGAGCCAACAUUUCGGGUGACCUGAAGGAUCCUGCCGUGGCCAUCCCCAAGGGCACUUUGAUGGCCAUCUUCUGGACCACUGUGUCUUACCUGGUGCUUUCUGCUACGAUUGGUGCCUGCGUGGUCCGGGACGCCUCGGGCAGCCUGAACGACAGCGUGCCAUUGGGCUCACUGGGCUGCGAGGGACUGGCCUGCAGCUACGGCUGGAACUUCACCGCCUGCGCCCAGCGGCAAAGCUGCCGAUACGGGCUCAGCAACUACUACCAGAGCAUGAGCAUGGUGUCUGGAUUCGGCCCCCUCAUCACGGCAGGGAUUUUUGGCGCUACCCUCUCCUCGGCACUGGCUUGCCUUGUCUCAGCCCCCAAAGUCUUCCAGUGUCUCUGCAGGGACCAGCUCUACCCUCUCAUAGGCUUCUUUGGGAAGGGCUAUGGGAGGAACAGCGAGCCCAUCCGUGGCUACAUGCUCACCUACAUCAUUGCCAUUGGGUUCAUCCUCAUCGCUGAGCUCAACGCCAUCGCCCCCAUCAUCUCCAACUUCUUCCUCUGUUCCUAUGCUCUCAUCAACUUCAGCUGCUUCCACGCCUCCAUCACCAACUCCCCAGGCUGGCGACCCUCCUUUCGGUAUUACAGCAAGUGGGCCGCGCUCUUUGGGGCCACCGUCUCGGUGGUGAUCAUGUUCCUGCUGACCUGGUGGGCAGCCCUCAUUGCCUUUGGCAUUGUCAUCUUCCUCCUGGGAUACGUCCUCUACAAAAAGCCGGAUGUCAACUGGGGCUCCUCCAUGCAAGCCAGCUCGUACAACAUGGCCCUCAACUACUCGGUGGGGCUGAGCGAAGUGGAUGAGCACAUCAAGAACUACAGGCCGCAGUGCCUGGUGCUGACUGGCCCUCCCAACUUCCGCCCAGCUCUGGUGGAUUUCGUGGGGACAUUCACCAAGAACCUCAGCCUGAUGCUCUGUGGCAACGUGCUGAUUGGACCGCGGAAGCAGAAGAUGCCGGAGUCCCGGCUGAUGGCAGACGGCCACACCAAGUGGCUUGUGAAGAGGAAGAUCAAGGCUUUCUACACAGAUGUUGUGGCUGAGGAUCUCAGAAGUGGCGUCCAAAUGCUCAUCCAGGCUGCCGGCCUUGGGAAGAUGAGACCCAACAUCCUGGUGCUGGGCUACAAGAGGAAUUGGCAGAUGGCAUCCCCGCAGAGCCUGGAGGACUACGUGGGCAUCCUGCAUGACGCCUUUGAUUUCAAGUAUGGUGUGUGCUUAAUGAGAAUGAAGGAAGGGCUGAAUGUUUCCAGAGUGAUGCAGGCUCACAUUAACCCCACGUUUGAGGCAGCAGAGCACCCUGAGGAGAAUGGCAUCAGUGGCAGAGCAGCCCUGGGCACAGCAGAUCCUAUCGCCUUGGCUGGUGAGCAGCAGGCGAGCACCAUCUUCCAGAGCGAGCAGGGCAAGAAGACCAUUGACAUUUACUGGCUCUUUGAUGAUGGAGGUCUCACGCUGCUCAUCCCCUACCUCCUGGGGCGCAAGAAGCGGUGGGGAAAGUGCAAAAUCCGGGUGUUCGUCGGCGGGCAGAUCAACAGGAUGGACGAGGAGAGGAAGGCGAUCGUCUCUCUGCUGAGCAAGUUCCGCCUCGGCUUCCAUGAGGUCCACAUCCUCCCUGACAUCAACCAGAAACCCCGGCCAGAGCACAUCAAGAGGUUCGACGACCUGAUCGCUCCCUUUAGGCUGAAUGAUGGCUUCAAAGACGAGGCCACGGUGAAUGAGAUGAGGCAGGGCUGUCCCUGGAAGAUUUCUGAUGAGGAGGUCGAUAAAAACAGAGCCAAGUCACUCCGACAAGUGAGGCUGAAUGAGAUUUUGCUGGAUUACUCACGGGACGCGGCACUCAUCGCCAUCACGCUGCCCAUCGGCAGGAAGGGUCGCUGCCCCAGCUCCCUCUACAUGGCCUGGCUCGAGACCCUCUCGCAGGACCUGAGACCCCCCAUCAUCCUCACCCGAGGAAACCAAGAGAAUGUGCUGACCUUUUACUGCCAAUAA